AUGACGGGCGCACCCGAAGUAUCCCACGGCCGCGGCGGGGCCGGCAACAUCAACCCCGACGACACCAAGUACGUCGACGGCGAGAUCGUGCGCCUGGGCCAGGUGGGCAGCCACGGCGACGGCGCCUUCAGCACCGGCCGAGGAGGCGCAGCCAACAUCGCCGACGUCUCAACGCCUGCCUCCCCCACGCGCGCCGACCGCGAGGUCAUCCCCGCCGAGGCCACCCGCGUCUCCCAGGACGGCGACUACCACGUCGGCCGCGGCGGCGCCGCCAACAUCCACCUCGCCGCCGAGCACCAGAAGUCGCCGCAGGAGGCUAAGGAGGCCGCCGCCGCCGCCACUUCCACCGCAACGACCGCCCCCACCACAGCGUCCAACGCGCCCUCGAACCAGGGUCUCGCCGAUAAGCUCAAGCACAAGAUCUUCAGCGUGUUCAGGAAAUAG